UUGUAAGCAAUAGUAUUUUAACUACUUCCGCUGGCUCCAUCUCCAUCUCCAUCUCCAUCCAUCUAUAUAAAUCCUUCAACGAUCAAUCAAUCAAAGAGUGUCCUUUUUUUUUAUCUUUGUAUAUUCUUGGAAAGAUUUCUUUUUUAUUGUUCAUGGCUAAGACUAGUCUUAUCUUCUACAAUCUACUGGUUUUUUACUCCUUCUUCAGCUAUGUUUUCCUCACACAUUCUGCUCCUCAAUCUGCUCUCAUCACUCAGCUUCCUAGCUUUUCUGGCUCUUUUCCUUCCAAACAUUAUUCUGGGUAUGUGACUGUUGAUGAAAGUCAUGGCAAGAAUCUUUUUUACUAUUUUGUUGAAUCUGAAGGGAAUCCAACAAAAGAUCCUGUGGUUCUGUGGCUCAAUGGUGGACCAGGAUGCUCCAGCUUUGAUGGCUUUGUAUAUGAGCAUGGGCCUUUCAAUUUUGAAGCCGCGACGACGAAAGAAACUGUGCUCAAAUUGCAUCUUAAUCCAAACAGCUGGUCCAAGGUUUCCAGCGUUAUAUAUUUAGAUUCCCCUGCUGGUGUUGGACUUUCUUACUCAAAAAAUGAAACUGACUACACUACUGGUGACCUAAAGACUGCCUCUGAUACACACUCAUUCCUUCUCAAGUGGUUUGAGCUAUAUCCCGAGUUCCUUUCCAACCCAUUUUUUAUUGCGGGAGAGUCAUAUGCUGGAGUAUAUGUGCCGACUCUGGCUUCUGAAGUUGUAAAAGGAAUUGAUGCUGGUGUAAAGCCUGUUCUCAACUUCAAGGGAUAUUUGGUCGGAAAUGGAGUUACAGAUCCUGAGUUUGAUGGAAACGCUCUUGUUCCGUUUGCACAUGGGAUGGGCCUGAUCUCAGAUGAGCUAUUUGAGGAGGCGCAAAAGGAGUGCAACGGAAAUUACUAUAACCCAAUGAAUGAGACUUGUAACAGCAAGCUCGCUGAGGUUGACGAGGAUAUAGAUGGUUUAAACAUAUACGACAUUUUAGAACCAUGCUAUCAUGGCACUGAGGCAUCAGAGAAUAUGGCUGUUAACCUAAGGUUACCUUCCAGCUUCCGGAAGUUGGGUGAGACUGAUAGGUACCUUCCUGUGAGAAAAAGGAUAUUUGGUCGUGCCUGGCCUUUUAGGGCUCCUGUGAGAGAUGGAAUUGUUCCAACUUGGCCACAACUCCUCAAUAGCAUCUCUGUUCCAUGCAUGGAUGACGAAAUUGCAACUUCAUGGCUCAACAAUCCAGCAGUUAGGAAAGCAAUUCAUGCCGAAGAGGGAAGCCUUGUUGGUGAUUGGCAAUUAUGUACAAACAAAAUUCAAUUUUACCAUGACGCCGGGAGCAUGAUCAAAUACCACAAGAACCUCACUGCCAGGGGAUAUCGAGCCCUUAUAUUCAGUGGGGAUCAUGAUAUGUGUGUUCCGUACACUGGCAGUGAAGCCUGGACAAGAUCUGUCGGAUAUAAAGUUGUCGAUAAAUGGAGGCCUUGGACCUCCGGUGGACAAGUUGCUGGAUAUACUCAAGGAUAUGAGAAAAACCUCACCUUUUUAACCAUAAAGGGAGCAGGACAUACCGUUCCAGAAUACAAACCGCGAGAGGCAUUGGACUUUUACAGCCGAUUCUUGGCCGGAAAACCUAUAUGAAAGAGAUGUAUUGAGCUAUGGUUUUGUGUGCAUACAUAUUGCUUGAUUGGGAAAGAUAUCAAUGUUGUUUUCACUGAUUCUUUUUGGUCAUCAGUGUUUAUGGCUGAAAGAAUAUGAAAGAUAUAUCAAUAAAUCAUAUCCAAAUAGAAAGAUUGAAUGAAUUAAAUUAGUUGCAGAAUAUAUGUGUUUGCAUAUGCAAUACUUGUUCAUUGCUUCUGAAAAGUUGCCUUGAAGUCAUAGGUAUAAAUAUUUAUGGGA